AUGGCCCCUCUUCAAAAGACUUACGGUACCGUAGGGCAGCAGCAACAGCAGCAGCCAUCAACGACGCCAAACAAUGAGGGCGGCGUCUCAUUCAGCAGCUUCCUUCCAAGCUGGAAAGUCAUUACGGCGAUUACGAUAACUGGUCUCCUCACUGCAUCCACUGUCUUUGCCCUUCCGUAUCAUGUGCCUCCAACGUUGUCGCGUACUUUGUCCAAUGGUACUCACGAAUAUCAUCCUACGGUGAUCAUGAUAUCGCUCGACGGCACAGUAAAUGAUGAUCUGGAUCUAUCCAUCACCCCUCACUUGAGCUCUAUUGCUGAUCAUGGUGUUCGUGCUCAAUGGUUGACGCCUAGCUUUCCUCCCAUCACCUUUCCCAAUCAUUGGAGUCUUGUAACAGGCCUAUACCCAGAAUCUCAUGGCAUCAUCUACAAUGUCUUUUACGACCCUGUCAUGAAUGAUACGUUCAAUUACAAGGAUCCAUCACACAGCCAUGACAAGAAGUGGUGGGGUGGCGAGCCUAUAUGGAACACGGCUGUUCGGCAAAAUAGAACAUCAGGUGUCAUCAUGUGGCCUGGUUGCAGCACUGUCUUCGAUGGCGACUUGAAACCAACGAUUGAAGUACCUUACAACGAUGACAUGACACACGAAGAAAAGAUGGCCUUGACAUUGGAGUGGUUGGAUAUGCCAAUUGGUGAGCGUCCUGAGUUUAUUGCUGUCUACAUUCCACAAAUCGAUCAAGCGGGGCAUCGUUAUGGACCCUAUGCUAAGCAGACGUUGGAUACGCUUCAUAGCGUAGAUGCAAGCGUUGGUCAAUUGCUGGAAGGUUUAGCAGCACGUCAUUUGGAUGAUAUCGUCAAUGUCAUUGUUGUCAGUGAUCAUGGCAUGUCGGCCACUUCAAAAUCACGCCUUAUCCUUUACGAUGAUGAAUUGACACCAAACGAGCUAAGCAUGAUCGAUCGAAUUGAGGGAUAUCCAUUGUUAUCGAUUUGGCCUGUUCAUGAAGAGUACACUGAACCCCUCUAUCAAGCCUUUUUACGACUCCAAAAGGUGCACCCAGAAUUCCAAGUGUACAAGCGAGACCAAAUUCCUGAACGUUAUCAUUUCCAAGACCAUGUUCGCAUUCCUCCACUUCUCGUCGUCCCCGAUGCUGGUUGGUUGAUGGGUACGCAUGAUGAAUAUCCUGACUUGGAUGCUCCAUUGAGUCCUCGCGGUACCCACGGCUAUGACAACUUGCAUCCAGAAUCUCGUGCGAUCUUCGUGGCGAGUGGCCCAUUCUUUGAAAAGCAUUAUGGAUCAGGAUCAAUGCUCAAGCCAUUCUGGAAUAUAGAAGUGCAUAAUCUAGUGGCUGACAUUUUGGAUAUCGAACCUGCACCAAACAAUGGCACAUUGAAGGGACGAUUUGAAAAAGACGAGUGA